AUGAUUUGUCAUGUCACCCCCACAGACAGUGGAGGUAUGAUGGAUAGGCCUUGCACCCUGACUGGGACCCCAGAAAGCAUCGAGCAGGCCAAGCGGUUGUUGGGGCAGAUCGUGGACCGGUGUCGGAACGGACCGGGCUUCCACACUCAGAUGGACGGGAACAGCGCUAUCCAAGAGAUCCUGAUCCCGGCCAGUAAAGUCGGCCUGGUCAUCGGGAAGGGAGGCGACACCAUCAAACAGCUCGGGUGUAAUCUCCGGAUCGGAUCCGUGUCUGUUUCAGAUGACGGGAUGAGUCCGGACCGGAUCGCUCAGGUCAUGGGUCAGCCGGAUCGGUGUCAGCAUGCGGUUCACCUCAUCAACGAUCUGGUCCAGACGGCACAGGAGCGCGAUGGGUUCGGAGGCCCGGUUGGACCCAGAGGUCGCGGCAGAGGUCGCGGUGAUUGGAGCAUGGGAUCUCCUGGAGGCCUGCAGGAAGUGACCUACACAAUACCAGCUGAUAAGUGCGGCCUCGUGAUCGGGAAAGGUGGAGAGACCAUAAAGAGCAUCAACCAGCAGUCUGGAGCUCAUGUGGAGCUGCAGAGAAAUCCUCCUCCGAACACCGACCCAAACGUCCGGAUCUUCUCCAUCCGUGGAUCUCCUCAGCAGAUGGAGAUGGCCAGACAGCUGAUCGACGAGAAGAUCGGGGCGUCUGGAAUGGGAGGAAGCAGCAGUUUUGGACUCAGUCCUUUCACCCAAGGACCAGCGACUCCUCAUCAGAAUGGUCCGCAGACGUUCAUGACUGGAGGUUGGGGAACCACGUACCAGACAUGGCAGCCUCAGAGCCAGCAGGACCCCAGUCACAAUGGAUCUCAGACCGGCCAGAUGGACUAUUCCAAAGCGUGGGAGCAGUAUUAUAAAAAGCUAGGUCAACAGAACCAAGGCCAGAGCAGCGGCUCCGACUACAGCAAAGCAUGGGAGGAGUAUUACAAGAAACAGACUCAGGCCGCUGGUCCUGGAUCUCAGCAGAGCUCUCCUCCAGACUAUAGCGCCGCCUGGGUGGAGUAUUACAGACAGCAGGGGGCGUAUUAUGGCCAGGGACAGACGCAGGCUCCUGGCCUCCCGGAUCAUUAAAGCGGGCGACUGCAGACCCUUUAGUUGAAGAUUUUUGAAUCACUGCGAGGAGGAAACAGACCUUUUGUAACAGAGGUUUCUAGAUUUGCAACGCCUUGAAGACUUUUACUUUUUUUUUCUUAGUGAGAAACACUAGCUGUAGAAUGACUUAUAUGAUUUAAAAAGAGAACUAUUUCUAAAUCAGGACAUCAAAUUGUUACUAAAUACUUGUGUGCACCAUUAUUCGAAUGGGCGAUUUCCGGGAUCCCUUUUGGACCAUUUCAGAGUUGGGUUUGUUUUCUAUUCUUCCUUUUUAAUUCUACGAUAUAUAUAUAUAGAUGUGUAUCGCCAAAACGAACCCCGGAGUCGCGGCGUUUCAUCGAUCGCGCGAUAUAAUCUCUUAUUUUUCUAGUUCUGUUGCAAUAAAAUUGACCGCGGGCUUAGCAGUCUUGAAUUCGUUAUCGUUUCGUUUUGUCGUGAAAUGUUUUAAGAAUGUGUACAAAAUGUUUUCUUUUUUUUUCUUCUACAUAAAGCAUUUUAAUUCAGUGCGAUGAAAAACUGUGAUGUUUUUGUUACAGAAAUAUAUGCUUUUGUUACACGAGAAACGCAACGAUGAUGUAAUUCCUCAUGUACUUGUAUUCUGUUUUCAUUGUCAUUUUAUUGUACUCUGGUUAAAAAAGGUGCAAUAUCUUAUUUCAUUUUUUUUUUUUUUUGAAACAGAUGGAUUUCUCUAAUAUUUUGACAGACGUUUAACUUGUAGUUCGUAGAGGUUUUUUGUAGUCGUAUGCAAAUGUAACAGAUAAUUUUUUAUUACGGUGAUUUGGCGGCAAAGUGUGGUCUUGCGUAUCGUGAGGUGGUUUUUUUGCCUUUGCUCUCUUGUAAAACUAUGUAUGUAUGCUCAGAUACUUGACUAAAUACUUUAUUUAAAAAUAUAUAUAUAUAAUUAAAUCAAAGACUUUUUUUGUCCUGCGUUUUUACAGGAAAACUCCCUGUUUUUCUGUUCUGUUUUCAUACUGAAAUUUGUCAAAGAUUGUGAAUGUGUGAUUUGAAAUUUGAUGUUGCAUCUUGCUGACGGAUGAGACGUUUUAUGUGUGUGUAGUUCUGUAAACUUCGACUUUAAAGCGUUCAAGACUGCUAAGCCUCGGAGAGCCUACCUGUGUAUUAAUUACUUGUAGUUUUUUAUAUUCCGAGUAUUGGAAGAUCAAAGUUCUUGUCUUAUUUGUUCUCGCCGGUCCCUCGACUUCACCACAACACGCUGUGCGCUCCUGUACAGUCCCGAUCCCGUCACUUUUUAAUUCAGAUUUUGCUUUCUACUCUGUGUGAUCUAAUAUAUGUAUGAUUGAUUAGUUGCAAAUUGAUCUAGUAUUAACUUCAUUGCUUAAUGAAAAGGGAUAUUAUAAUUUCAAAAUGUUUAAUUUUAGUGUUUCUUUUCUUCCUCAUGUGUACAGGUAACCAUGUAUUAAAAUGAUCGAAAGAC